UUAUAAAAAUAAUCAUUGAUGCUGUGUCCCUUAUAAGACACAAACUAAAGACACUAUCCCCUUUUCUUCUUCUUUGUGCUUUGUGUGUGUUAACACAGCGAAAAACAAAAAAAAAGCAUUAGAGAAAAAGGAUGAGCGGCGGUGGCGGGUCUUCUAGGGUUCCGAUCCCCAACAAUGUACGGAAGACCAUCCAUGACAUCAGAGAGAUCACCGGAAAACAGCACACCGACGACGAAAUCUACGCCGUCCUCCGUGAAUGUUCCAUGGAUCCCAAUGAGACCGCUCAGAAGCUUCUCUAUUUAGAUACUUUUCAUGAGGUGAGAAGGAGACGUGACAGAAAGAAGGAGGGUUUUGGGAGUAGAACCUCUGAGGAUUCUCGGUCAAAGCAAGGUGGACAAGGGAGGGGGUUAAGGGGUGCUUCCGGGGGUUACACGUCCAAUUUUUCUGAUGGCGGUGGCGGUGGGAGGAACCUUGCAAUGCGUAGGGAAAAUGGAAUCAAUAACAGUGCAGAGAGAAAUCAUGCACCCUCAUCUCAGCCAGUUUUGCAGAAAACAAAAGCUAAUGCAGCAUCUCAAGUCACAAGAGUUCCUGCUAAUACAACCCAUGGUGCUAUCGCUACAAAUCAAACCAAUGGAAAGUCUGGCAAUGGUUCUGGUGGCCAAUCUCUUGCAGGGAGUGUUCCAACUGUCCCUAAAAGCAGUUCCACUGAUAACAACACCGGCAAUCAAGAAAAUGUUCAACCCCAAGUUGCUCCUGUUGCUGCAGCUACUUCCCCUAUUCAAACCUUUAACUCAGUUACCAGCACUGAGCAAGGAAAGUCACUGUCAAGUUCUGGUCAAAUUCUCACUUCUGCUGCUGCAUCCACUGGUCAUACCUCUUCUUUGGAUCCUGUACUUGCAUCAUCUUCCUCCCAUAAUCCUGGUGUCAGUAGUUCUAUUAGUAGGGAAGUUGGGAGUCCCUGGAUGUCUGCUGGAACAAAUCAUGUCAAAGGGAAUAAAGUUAUUCUUAAUGAAGCUAGUGAUUUACCACCCAAAAAUGAAAAUUCCGUGUCUGUGAAUUCUGCAAGCAAAAUGAAUGCCCCUUAUUCAAACAAUGUUGAAAACAAUCGGUUCUUUGAGCCAUCUCAAGUCUCAACUGCUUCUCUAAAUGGAAACUUGGGGUCAUCUUCUAGCUCCAGUAGCCAGCCAUCUCUGGCUAAUGUUUCCGAGGUUCCAACUUCUGAUGCUUGUGUGCAAUCUUCAGCCGAAUUGAGGCAACAUGUUACUUUUCCUAAUCAUUUCCAAGUACCCAAGGCUUUAAAAAGUGGUCUGACAUUUGGAAGCUUUGAUACCUUGGGUCCAAAUGAAACAUCUAGCAGUGGAGCUGAUGGUGACCAUAACCCUUCUCCUGCUCUUGAAUCUUCUCUUGGAAGCGACAAAGAUGCCAUCUCUAGGGACCAAACUGCAUCGUUGAGUCAACAAGGGGAUCAAGUUGAUUUUCAACAUUCUUCGCCCUAUAUGAUUGAAAAGACAUCUGCUCCACCAGAAGGCAAUGCUGUAACUAGCACUGACUUGAAGGUUGAUCAUCCAAAGCAGGAGGUAUUGUUGGCUCCAGAGGGCCAUCAAAUUCCCAACGUUCAAAGUGCUCAAAACUAUUACCAGUCCAUCAUUUUAGGGAAUCAGCAAGUUCAAUUUGAGGGAACUGAACCUCAAUCUCAAGAAACAUCUCGUUUUACUAACUAUGUUCCUGCAAGUUCCCAGACCGUCACUAGCCCUAGCCCAACUCCACCUCUGCAGAGCCCUAUUCCUGUACCUCCACAAUCAGUUUCCCUUUUCAGGCCACCUUACCCGGCCAACUUCUUUCCAUAUGGCCACUAUUACCCUCCAAUUUAUCUGUCUCCAAUACACCAAUUUUUAAGCCAUAAUGGCUUCCCUCAACAGCCAUCAGCUGGCAACAUGUAUCUACCCGCAGCUGCUGCUGCUGCAGCCGGGAUCAAAUUCCCUCUCCCUCAAUUCAAGGCUGGAGCGAACACAGGAAAUUCAGCCCAUAUUGGAAUUCCUUCUGGAUCUUAUAUCAACCCUCCUGUUGGAUAUGCACCUAGUCCAGCCGUUAAUGCAGGAAGCUCAGCUGGAAAUGAAGAUAUUUCUGUGUCUCAAUUGAAGGAAAACCAUAUCUAUACAACUGCACAACAGAGUGAAGGAUCUGCUGUCUGGAUACCUGCUCCAGGCCAAGAUGUAUCAAAUUUGCAAGUUAAUUCUCUGUACAACCUCACUCCUCAGGGACAACAUCUUACAUUCCCCGCGCCUCAGGCCAGCCAUGGGGCGUUUGCAGGCAUCUAUCCUCCGGGGCAGACGGUAGUUUCGCCUUCAACACUUUUGCAACAGUCUCAGGCUGUGGCUGGGCCUGUCGAAGCUGUAGGACCCCCUUCAGGCUCUUACCAUCAGCCUCAGCCUACACAGAUCAAUUGGAAUUCUAAUUUUUAGAGCUGAAAAAAAAAAUCUCUUGGUGACAAUGAUGUGUUCAAAUCCAAGAAAUAUGGUCCUGAUCUGAAAGUGUAAAUAAGAAAUGCGGCCAAAAAGAAUGAGGAAAAAAAAAGAAAAUUAGUACUCUUUUUUGGAUGGAGAUAUUUUGGUGCUAACGAUUUUGAAGGGUGCUAGUUGCAGGUUUUUGUUUUUUUUUUUUUAAUUUUUGCGCCCCAAGAAGUUUAUUUUACCCUUCACAUGUUCUUUUGCCCCCUUAUAUAGAACAUUUAGUUGUGGCUAUAAGAAAGAGAUUCCUAGUGGUGUUAUACUAAGCCAAGAGUUUCAAUAGAGUAGGGUGAGAUUUUACCAAUUUUUCCA